CUUGCCGACACUCGCUCUUAAUAUUUUAGUUUCUCCCCUAAAAAAAUUGUCUCGUUUGUUUUGCUCUUUAGAAAUUACCGAUUUACGCUGAAAAAAUGUGAAAAAUACAAUCGAUCGCAUUAUCUUUAUCCCUAGCUAAUCAUUCAUGUACAAGCAUGUCUCCGAAGGUUAAAAGCAGUCGCUAUUUACCGGACCAACGUAGUUUUCUCGAAGUGGUGGUCCGUUGUCAUAUUUUAAAUUUAUCACCUUCUUGAGAAUUCCACAUUUUUAUCCUUUUUGUCAUGUAGUGUAUAUUUUUUCCUCUAACCUAAUUAAAAUCAAAACAAAAUCCUUUGACCCAAUUAGCUUCGCGAUAUAUCAGAAGAGAUCAAACUACUUUGAUCAGACCAUGAUCUUCUUCUUCUUCUUCUUCUUCUUCUUCUUCUUUUUAGACGAUCACAAUUCCUAAACCCUAUUUCUCAGAUUAUGCUGACUCUUUACCAUCAAGAAAGGUCACCGGACGCCACAAGUAAUGAUCGCGAUGAGACGCCAGAGACUGUGGUUAGAGAAGUCCACGCGCUAACUCCAGCGCCGGAGGAUAAUUCCCGGACGAUGACGGCGACGCUACCUCCACCGCCUGCUUUCCGAGGCUAUUUUUCUCCUCCAAGGUCAGCGACGACGAUGAGCGAAGGAGAGAACUUCACAACUAUAAGCAGAGAGUUCAACGCUCUAGUCAUCGCCGGAUCCUCCAUGGAGAACAACGAACUAAUGACUCGUGACGUCACGCAGCGUGAAGAUGAGAGACAAGACGAGUUGAUGAGAAUCCACGAGGACACGGAUCAUGAAGAGGAAACGAAUCCUUUAGCAAUCGUGCCGGAUCAGUAUCCUGGUUCGGGUUUGGAUCCUGGAAGUGAUAAUGGGCCGGGUCAGAGUCGGGUUGGGUCGACGGUGCAAAGAGUUAAGAGGGAAGAGGUGGAAGCGAAGAUAACGGCGUGGCAGACGGCAAAACUGGCUAAGAUUAAUAACAGGUUUAAGAGGGAAGACGCCGUUAUUAACGGUUGGUUUAAUGAACAAGUUAACAAGGCCAACUCUUGGAUGAAGAAAAUUGAGAGGAAGCUAGAGGAGAGAAAAGCAAAAGCGAUGGAGAAAACGCAAAACAAUGUGGCGAAAGCGCAGAGGAAAGCGGAGGAGAGAAGAGCGACGGCAGAGGCAAAGAGAGGGACAGAGGUUGCAAAAGUAGUUGAAGUUGCUAAUCUCAUGAGAGCCCUUGGACGUCCUCCUGCCAAACGCUCCUUCUUCUCUUUCUCCUAAUUUUUAGUUAUAUCAAACCAUUAAAUUAAACAGUACUCGUUAUAUAUCUAGUUAGUAAACAAAGGGGCAGUUUUAUAGCUCAUGUACACAUAAUUGAGAGUGUAGUACUGUUGUGUCAUGUGUGGUUUUGUACUUUUCUUAGUUACACACACCAUACAAGAAAAAAAGAAGAUUAUAAUUCAACUUAAUUUUGAUUUUUGAAUAAUGCGUUUGUAUAAGAAGUCAAAUAAAAAAUUCGUUUCUACUUUCUACCA